UGUCCAAGAUGGACGUCAAAAAACUGGGUUGCCGCUCCAAGUGUGACAUACGUGACACGGCUCGUUUGGCUCAAUCCACGAGAUGUCCUCAAGAGGUGACAACCGUCGUCGCGAUAGAAGUUGGGAACGCGAUUCAAGAAACAAAGAUCGUUACUCAAGGAGUGACCGUGGCGGCCGACGACGUUCCCCCAGCCCUCGCCGUGACCGGGACAGAUCACGAAGUCCCAGACGAGACAGAGACCGACGUUCAAGAAACGACUAUGGACGUGAUAGGGACGACACGCGGAGGGAUAGAGAACGAGGAGACAGGGAUCACAGACCAAGAGAUGGGCCACGCGACCGCGAUGAUGUAAAAGGUCGUGGUGAAUCCUUCAAGCACGAUGAUUCACGUCGUUCAGAUAAGCCAAGGGAACCAGCUCAGAAGGACGGCGUUUCAAAUGACACAGAAAGCCAUAUCCCUCGUUCCACCAGACCGAAUUUAGAUCCUGAUGCACCUGAUGACGUUCAAGAUGGAGCUAUGGACGACCCAGACGAGGAUGCCAUGAUGGCGACAAUGGGCCUUGGUGGAUUUGGCUCAACCAAGGGAAAGCAUGUCGAUGGCAACCAGGAAGGUACUGCAAACGUCAAGAAAACUCGAACUUGGCGGCAAUAUAUGAACAGACGUGGUGGAUUCAACAGACCCUUGGACAAGAUCAAAUAGAUCUCAUUCCCGUGGCGCUGUUGACUGUUGGCUGCGCACUCUUUUUUCGCUGCUGCCGUAGUACUUUGAAUCCAAUGAAUGCAAUUCAAAAUACACAAUCGUACAUAUAUUGAAGCGGAUGAUCAUGAAAACAUUACAACGUCAAACGAUAAGAAAACGCUUUCAACCAGGCCGAAAACAAUGGGUACUCUAACGAGAAGAGGGGUCAGAAUCCGUGCACCUUGAUGGUAGACUU